GCCUGCUACAAAAAUGUUGCCUGCGUCCAACAAAAUGACAGGAUUUUCUGUUGUGAAAUAUUAAGUUUUAAACCCUUUGCUUGAAAUGGGUCUUACUACAGAGAUGACUCUUCAAAAGCACUUCAUUUCCAUAGGCUGGGAGCGUGUUAACUAAAGCUCUAGUAGAUUGGAGAAUGCAAUACAAAAUGGCUUCCAGCAAAGUUUGUAUUAAGGUUGGAGACAAACUCUUCGAGAUAGAGAAAGAUGUUCUGAUGAAACAGAGCAAAUACUUCGAUGCUAUGUUUGGUGGAAACUUUGUUGAAACUAAAUCCAAAGACAUCGAUUUGACAAAGGACAUUUCUGAUGUUGAUGCGUUUGAGCGGUUGGUUGAAUAUAUUUGCACGGACAAAAUAGUAUUUGAAUUAUCAAACUUACGAAAAGGAAUCGAUCUAGCCACAUUUUUGAUGGUCGACAGUCUAUUAGAGAAAUAUGUUAAUUACAUGAAGAAAGAGCUUAGUGUUGUUAAUGUCUUUCAAUUUCAUUUUCUUGCUCUAGAAUUUGGAUUGAUAGAGCUCCUGCCUUAUACCGAGACAUUCCUGUCGUCACGGUUUCACGACCUCCUUGUUUUCAAGGAAUACGCACUUGAUUUGACAUGUGACCAACUGAAGAUCUUGGCCGAGAAUGGCUGUACAAAAUAUUGUGGAUAUCUUGAUUUUAUUUCAUUUCUUGCAAAGUGGCUAGUUGCUGGUAAUGAUAAAGAUGACGCAUCUGACAGACUAGAAAUUGUAUUGGAUUUUAUUGAGCAGCGCAAAGUCCAAGGGUUACACAAGUGUCCUUCAAUCAAGGUAGAAAAUGAGAAGCUGGAUGAAUUUCAGAAACUUAUUGAUAGAUUAUCAAACACUUGGAUUGACAAAGCAGAACAAGACAAAAUCGAGAGGUUUGUUAAAGUUUGCAACGAUAGUUUAGAAGAUUUGAAGAAGAAUACAGGAAAGCAUAGUGGAAAGAAAGAUGAAACAAACCAAGUUUCAAAUGAUACAAAAGAGAGAAAGGAAGGUGCAAAUGUAGGGAAAAAUAUACCUGCUGACGAUAAAGGUUCCACAACUGUUGCUUUGUUUACUUUAUCAAAGAGAACAGACACACGAUUAACAGAAAACAGCAUGGAAGAGGAUCAUUAUGCAACAUGUGAAGAUAGUCAGUAUGACAUUCUGGUAUUUAAUGCUAAAACACAGGUGUGGCACUAUGUGGCAGAUUUGUCAGAAGUUUACUACAUGUAUAAUGUAUCAGAUGAACAGUAUAACGCAAAUGGCUUCAAAAACUUUGACGAAUAUUAUUCAUGGACGGAAGCAUUGUCUGAGGGGGAACCACUUGAAUUUGAAACAAACGGAAGAUAUAUUGCACUGGCAGAGAAGGGAGCUGAACUCGAAGAUUUGACCAUAUUUUCUGUACAAACAAAGAAAUGGAAUAGAAUUGAUUUCUCUAAUGAUAUAUUUUAUGAACUUGAGGACAACUCAACAGUUUUAGGAAGGGCAUUCUCAGCGGUGUUGGGUCCAGAUAAUGAAUUGUUUAUCUUGAUAUUAGCUGAAAUCAUUGUGGACCCAUUUAUGGAGAGUGAUGAGAGUGAAGAAGAAGGGAUCAAUAUACGCCAAGAAGAAAACAAUGGGAAAAUGACUGCGACACUAAUCUGUUAUACGUUUGAUCUUGCUACAAUGGAGUAUAAGAAGCUGAAUGAAGGAGUACCAAUGCUCGCGUUGCCAGACAGUGAGGUUAGAUGUAUGAAUGCAAGAUACAGUGACAAUCAUGAUACAAUUAUUGUGUAUUUGACCUUUGACAAAGAUACAAGUAUCAUGUACAAGAUUGACACAAUUUGCCUUCAUAAAACAAACAAAAAAGGCCAGAAAGUGAGAAUAAAUUCCAAAAACUUAAGUGUGGAACCUGAACUUAUUUGGAAGACGGAGGGGUUUUCUUUCACGGACACAAGAAUUCAUGAAAGUGAUGAAAGUUUCAUGAUUUUUAACAAGGAGUUUGAAGACUUGCUGUCUCCUUGUAUUCAGUACACCUUUUCAUCUGGAGAAGUUUCAUUGGUCACAAAUGGAACACCUUAUUUGCUGUCGAACAAGUCAGAAACCAACGAGACGGUCAAGAUUGACAGAGUCGAAGAUGUCAAAUCGUUAGCAAGCAUCAAUACCUCUUUUUGGCAAUUGGAACAAAAGUUGGGGGUGGGAAAUUUGUUCAGGGAAGUUCGGUAUACAAAUGCUGGACAGUAUGACGUGAUUGAUCAUAAACCGCCGCCGUUUGUGGAAGUGAGAGCAAGCUGCGCCGUCGUCGUUGACGAAGCUAUGUUUGAUAACUUGAAACCAGCAGUUCAGUUUCUUCUUCCAGAGGACUGAGACUUAUACUCUGUAUAUUGCUUUAUGACCAAUUGUGCUGCCUAAACAUAUGUCAUUUAAGGGUUGACUGAGAAAACGUGUUACAUGAUAGUUGUUUUGUUUUCAUUAAUGCUCGAUUACACGGACACACAUAUUUACUGGAAUUUACAUGUUGCAAUGGAUAUAUGAAGCAUUGCUCAUUUGUUCAUGUCAAUUUGUCUAUGAAGUUAAUCUAAAUACUUAAUUUGGCCGCAUUAUUUUUGUAAACCUUUUCUGUAUACAUCUGUACUUAUAUUUUAAGAAUCAUGUAUUUUAUUUUGUUCUUAUUUAUUUAUUUUUUCUAUUACCUUUCUAGCCAACAUUUUUUGCACUUUAGUAACUUCGUUGGAUAUUAGUAGUUUGUAUUUUAUUGUUAUUUUAUUCAUCUAAAACAGCCAUUUAUAAGACUAAGAGAAAUAAUAUAAGGGUUUAAAAAGCAUACGGCUAAAUUAAUGAAUAAAUGUUUUAUAUGAAAUUGAUCAAUUAUAAACAUACAUUCCAUGAAAAUGUAUAUUAAUGUCAAGAUAAUAUCUAAUUGUUACUGAAAAAGGAGUACUUUGUGCUUUUUAAUUUAAAAUGUUGUUAUACUGGUCAUCAACACGUUAAGCCUAAAGAAGCCUCCUACAACAGUUGGGCUCAAAUGCAGUUGAUGUCUGUGUCUGUUGUUGAGUGCAUACAUUUCAAACUUCAUAAUUAUACAUUAUACCUCAUUGAGGAGAUGUGCAGUGUAUAGGAACCCUUGGUGCAGUUUUUAAAUCAUUGCCCUUUGUUAAUGUUCACACUUAUUUUUUGUCCGGAGCAUAACUUGAAAAGUAUGAUUGACUUCAAACUUCAAAUAUUUCUCAUUGAUGAGAAGUGCAGUGCACAGUAACCAUAACUCUGGGUGCAAUAUUUUUACUAGUUGUUACCCAUUGUUAAUAUUCCUUUUUUAUUUUUUUUUUGUCCGGAGCAUAAGUUGAAAAGUCUUCAAGAUAUCGAUCACAUACAGAUAGAUCUCAAUAAGGAUAAGUGCAAUGCACAGGAAAAAUAACUCUGGGUGCAGUGUUUUUAAUAAUUUCCAUUUGUUAAUUGUUAUAUUUAUUUUUGGUUCGGAGCAUAACUUGAGAUGUCUCAAAGGGUUUGACCUCAAACUUCAUAUACAGAUAUUUCUCAUUGAGGAGAAGUGCAGUGCACAGGGACCCUCUAGGUGCAUUUUUAUACGCCCGAGGGGUCGUAUUAUGUUAUGGCCUCCAUCGUCUGUCCGUCUGUCUGUCCGUCUGUCCGUCCGUUAGCAAUUCCUUGUCCGGCUAUAACUUGGUAACUAAUAAAGCGAUUUUCAAAUAACUUUAUACAAAUCAUCACUACAUUAAAAGGAUGUGUCGCGCGCAAUUUCCAGGUCCAUACCCCAAAGAAUAGAAUCACCAUGGGGGUGCGUUAGCAAAUCCGUGUCCGGGCCACAACUUGGUCACUAAUAAAGUCAUUUUCAAAUAACUUUAUACAAAGCAUCACUACAUUAAAAGGAUGUGUCGCGCGCAAUUUCCAGGUCCAUACCCCAAAGACUAGAAUCAUCAUGGGGGUGCGUUAGCAAAUCCGUGUCCGGGCCACAACUUGGUCACUAAUUAAGUCAUUUUCAAAUAACUUAUACAAAGCAUCAUUACAUUAAAAGGAUGUGACGCGCGCAAUUUCCAGGUCCAUACCUCAAACACUAGAAUCACCGGGGGGGGGGACGUUAGCAAUUCCUUGUCCAGGCCAUAACUGGGUUACUACUAAAGCAAUUUUCAAAUAACUUUAUACAAAUCAUCUCUACAUUAAAAGGAUUUGUCAAGCAUGCUUUCCAGGUCCGUACCUUAAAGGCUAAUUUCACUGGGGGGCGUUAGCAAUUCCGUGUCCGGGCCAUAACUUGGUAACUAAUAAAGCGAUUUUCAAAUAACUUUAUACAAAUCAUCACUACAUUAAAAGGAUGUGUCGCGCGCAAUUUCCAGGUCCAUACCUCAAACACUAGAAUCACCAUGGGGGGACGUUAGCAAUUUCAUGUCCAGGCCAGGCACUGCUAACUUUAGUAUCAUAAAAGUUUCAAUAUUGGAAGUUUAAGCCUUUGUUGUAAACACUUUACACCUAGUAAGCAGUAUACUAGCAUAACCUAAAUGUUUAUUAAAGACCUCAAGCCGAAUCUUCUUCGGGCGUAUAAUGCUCCGUUUCGCGGUGCUCUUGUUUUAGUUAUUGCCCAUGUUCAUUUUCAAUGUUAUUCCUUGUCGCAAGGCGAAGUUGAUACUGUUCUUUACUCGGCGGGAGAUAUGGUCGUGUGUGACUGGCCUUAUUAUUGUGUUCAUUUAUCGAGGAUAAUAAAUUGCUAGAGUGUAAGAAAGAUGGAUUGAUUGAUAUUCAUUCAGGUUAAAACACAGAAUAAAAGCAUGUAACUACAUUAUGUCAUUUUUAAAUGACACCCAGCUGUUUGAAACAGUAAGACAUGACGCUUAUGUCACUGAUAAACCUCUACGGA